CAAGAAUAUUUAAAACAUGAUAAAAUAUCCAAUGCAGGAGGUGGUGACAACCACUUUCUUCCAUUCUCUCAAUCUUGUGCUGGUAAUUAUUGAUAUAGCUGCUAUCUUUGGAGCGAUGAUUGCUUUUCCAGAUGCCAGAGUUUUUGGAACAUUGGCCUUAAUCCAUGUUCCUUUCUUGUUUCCAAGUUUAGUUUAUCACAUGGUUCCAGCUGUCAGACAUAACUUUGUUUUCAGAUGGAUUUCACAUCUGUUAAGUUCUCUCGUUCUUGGACUCUUUGUCAUUACAAUCGUUUUGUAUAUCUUCAUGAUGGACGACAGACAAGGAGGCCCUGCAAUGCUUUUGGUAAUUCUUGGUAUUACAGGUCCUGGUGCUCUGAUUUCAGGUUCUUUGUUAUUGAUGCUCAAUUCUGAAGCUCAAAGACAACAGAUCAGAUAUGUCGUUGUGCAAAAAGAAGCAGCUUACGAGCCUAUCAUGAUGAUCUAGAUAAUCCCAAACUUACAAAUAUUUAGAAUAAUUCGUUAGAGUCAUGUGAUUCAUC